AUGGAGUUAGAGAACAGGCCGCUCGUUGCUGAUAUAGAUUUGGGUAACCUUUUGUACGAGGAUAAAGGUGCAAUCGAUCCAAACGACGUUAACAAAGGUUAUAUAAAAAAACUGUCAUUAAAUUGCGUUCACCAUUUCUUGAAAGAGUUCUGGAGGCUCCCGACAGAAACUUUUGAUGAAAUUCAAGUUGCAUGCCUUCCCGAUCCCAAGUUCAGAUUACCGCGUGAGAAGCCACCUCCCAAAAAACGGGAGAUGUCGAGAUGGGAGCGAUUCUCUCAAAUGAAGGGGAUCAGAAAGCAGAAAAAAUCCAGAAAGGUUUGGGAUGAUGUUACCCAAUCUUGGAAGCCCAGAUGGGGCAAGGAUCGUAUUGACUCUGUCAAAGACAAAUGGGUUCUUGAAGUUCCUGACAAUGCUGAUCCAUAUGAAGAUCAGUUUGAAAAAUUGAAUAACGCUCGGAAGGAGAAGCGUGCCAAAAAUGAAUUCAACAGAUUGAAGAAUAUUUCUCGCACGAUCAAGAAAGGACAGGCUCCUCCUAUCGGUGUUUUGACUGACGCUGACCCCUCAAAGAAAGCUUUCAAUCGCGCUUUGGAAAUUACGAAACACUCUGAUGCUUCUAUGGGUCGAUUCUCGGAGGUCGUUAAUGAACAGAAAGUCGCUAAAAAGACUGAAAAAACUAAUGGUCGCCCGAAGUUAUCAGGAAAGAAGUCAAAGAAGAGUGAUCGUGUGAAGAAGUCGAAAAAGGGCGGUCCAUCGCGACAUGCAAAUGGAGGUAAAGGUCGUGGUAAAACUUCAAAACGGAAGUAA